AUGGCGACUGACAUUCUACCUUCUCUCGCCAUCCCAGGCACGAUCUUGGGCCCCGCCAGCAAGUAUGCUUCGGGCCCAGGCACACACAUUUAUGGAGGCAAUAUUGUCUCUUCGCUGUUAGGCAAUGUGAACGUCACAGCACCAGCCAAGGCUCCUGGCCCAACCAAGCGACUAAAUAAAAUCACGGCGCCGUCCGUGGAAGAAUUAUCGACCAUCUCUGUUAUUAGGCGCGGCCGGAAGCGAGAGGUCCUACCGGAUGUUGGUAACACUGUGUUGGCGCGCGUGGUGCGCCUUAUGCCAAAGCAGGCCAUCGUAGUCAUUCAGCAAGUUGGCGAUACAGUUCUACAGACGGAGUGGCAAGGUGUGAUCCGGGUACAGGAUGUCAGGGCGACAGAGCAAGACAAGGUCAAAAUUCAUGAAUCAUUCAAACCCGGUGAUAUUGUUCGGGCCCAAGUCAUCUCCUUGGGCGACCAAGCCAACUACUAUCUCUCAACAGCGUCCAACGAACUCGGUGUUAUUAUGGCGACUAGCGAUGUAGGGAAUGACAUGGUUCCCAUCAGUUGGAAAGAGUUCAAAGAUCCCGACACGGGCGUGAGCGAGCCGCGAAAGGUUGCCAAGCCGAGCUGA